AUGGACCCAAGCAGACCCAACAUCGCCAGCAAGCGAGCACCACACUCCUUCCACUUCGUCGAAGCCAGAGACCCCAGCGUUCGUCGAGCCGGCAGUCGAGAUAAAGAUUCUCGAAGUCAUGCCGCAAGGAUCAGUUCGCAGCGGAGUCGAGAGCAUCGUCGGGCGAAGAGUGCACUUGUGGUACCCACUACAGAUCCAAGGCGACUUGAACAAGAGAAGAUUCCCGCAACGACAGAAGGCGGCAGCUACUUCGACCUCGAUUUCUCGGAAUCGUCCUUGACCUUGCCGCGGCCUGUAUCGCCUGUCUUUGGCGCGCUUUCGAUUCAGUCGUUUGAUGUUGAGGGACCUGGGUCUGCUAUGGCUGCGGAGACGGCUGAUUAUUGCUUCAAAACAAUCAUGGAUACCCUCCAUCCGAACGACAUCCCAACGUGGUUCUUAGCAUUCUGUCAACAUCCUCUCGUCUUUCACUCUCUGAGCUUUACUGCGGGCAUCCACCGCCAACUUCGCAGUGGGAGCUCGAGGACCUUGCAGCGAACACUGGCCCAUAAGGUCCGGACGAUACAGCUUGUCAAUGAGGCCCUGCUUCAUAUCGAGUCCACGCACGCGAGAUUGGAACCGUUGAUUCUGGCUGUGACAUGCCUCUGGCGAUGCAAUGUCAGCGAGAAAGGAAGCACCCGCCCCUGGCAAUCUGUUCGAUGCUUUGCUUCAUCAUGGCCCGAAGCCAACUGGAUCGCCCUCUUCAGCCGCGUCGAAGCAGACGAGAGCCACGCUCGAGCAGUCCAUUUCCUUUGCCGACCUCCUCUCCUCAAGCAAAUCGAACAAACCGCCAACGUACCCCUACCCUCAUACCGACGUAUCCUGGCUCGACGACCUACUCGACUCAAACCCUUCUGGCGAAGGCUUCAUCUCCCUCCCACUCCCCUCCUCCAUGAUCAAACUCCUCCGCCGCCUCGCCCACAUCACCACCCUCCUCUCCCACCAAAAACAAAUCCGCGACCCCACCGUCCCACAGCCCCCUCAUACAAAGACCUCCUCCAAACCCGCAACACCCUCCACCACACCCUCCUCUCCCUCCUAACCUGGCCAAACCUCACCCCCUCCUCGCAACAAAAAACCCCCCAAACCCCCUACUCGCUCACCCUCACGACCGCGAAAAUCUACUCCGCCGCCGUCCUCUUCCCCAUCAGCCCCAACAACAACGAUCUACUGAAGGACUUACAAACCCACCUCCUCACCACCCCCUUCCCCCCACAGAUGAACGCGUUGAGGCUAUGGGCUCUUUUCAUCGGUGCCAUUGCAUCCUACUACAUCGACGAAGGACGGUACGGACUGUUCGUGGAUGAGUUGAGGGUCUUGGUGGGAGGGGAGGAGUAUGGCUGGGAUCGAGGGGUGGUGGAGAGGGAGGUGAAGGGGUUUUUGUGGGGGGAUGGGGGUUGUGGGAGAGUGUUUGGGGUUGUUUGGGGGGAGGUGGCGAGGAGGGUGAGGUGUGAUAUUUGA